AUGGCACCAUCAGGAAGAAAAUCCACAGGAAAAACAACUAAACUGACACAGGAAGGUUCAGCAGUACAUGUCUAUAAAUUUGAAGAUGAUCUAAAAAAACAUCUGAGUGGUUCUGAUGAGGACAUUAGAGAAGAUGAAGCUCCAGUGAUUGAUAAACAUGGGAAGAAAAGACCAGUAACUCCUCAUGCCGGAGUUGAGGAUGAUGUUGGGGGAGAAGUGCAGAAUAUGCUGGAACGAUUUGGAGCGGACAUUAACAAAGCUCUUCUGGCUAAAAGAAAAAGAUUAGAAAUGUAUACAAAGGCUUCCCUUAAAACAAGCAACCAGAAAAUAGAAUUUGUUUGGAAAACGCAACAGGAACAAAGGCAAAAGGUUAACCAUGAGUAUUCUCAGCAGUUCCUGCAUGUAUUUCAACAAUGGGAUGCCGAUAUACAGAAAGCAGAGGAACAGGAAGAAAAGCUAGUGAAUGUUUUUCGACAACAACAGAAAGCUUUCCAGCAAGCAAGAAUAGUUCAAAGUCAAAGGCUGAAAACAAUUAAGCAGUUGUAUGAGCAGUUUUUAAAGAGUAUGGAAGACAUGGACAAGACUCAUGAAAGUCUUUUAGCAGGGGCACAGAGUGAGCUUCGCAAAGAAAUGUCCCUAUGGCAAAAGAAAAUAAUGAUGGACACACAACAGCAAGAGAUGGCAACUGUUCGCAAAUCUCUUCAGUCCAUGUUAUACUGAUGGUUCAGUGGAGAAACAACUUGUACCUAAAUAACAUGAUACAAGUAUAUACAUUAGCCAUUGUGAGGAGAAAAAGGAGACUGUUUCACAUUCCAUGUUAAAAAUUAUAUGUGUCUGAAUACUUCAUAGUUACAAGAGAAAUCAACAAGUAAUAAAAACGAUUACUGUUUUUUCAUUUUUCACAAUAUGAUUCUUUUAUUUUAACAUACUUUUUCCUUCAUUUUCAAAUUACAAAUGUAAAUGCCUGGAUUAUGAUAGUAUCUGUAAACUUCAAAAUAUCUAUACUGUAGAUUUAUCCCUAGUUAGGCACAGUGAUUACAUAAGUCCAUUAGCUGAAUUGGAAAUGUAAGUCAAAAUGAAAAAGUCCUAAAAGCUGGGGAGGGGAAGCAUUACACACAUUAGAAGUAAAGUGCUUACAUAAGAAUUGAACAGUAUUGUUUAUAAAUUCCUUGCUAUCAUAUGCUAAAAUAUUACAAUGUAUGUUUUCCAGAUUUACUACUGAAAUAAUUUAAACGUAUUAAUAUGUGGUAUAAUGUACUAUUUGAAGGAAAAGUUAUGGGCUAAUAAAUUGAUACAUCAAACCUAGUGUUUUGAAAAUACUAGUUUAUGUAAUUAAGUUAAAAACUCCUAAAGUACCAUUGCACUGAUUAUUGAAUAGAGUAAGAAAGCAUUAAUUUCCAACUGAAAUGUUUCUUACGAUCAAUUGAAAUACCAAAACGUUGAUUCAAUGAGCUUACAAAUCAAAAUUUGAAAAGUUAAUUUACAUUUUCACAGGUUUAACAACAUUUAAACAUUACAGAUGCAGUAUUUACACAGUUUUGGAAUAGUUAAAGCAAUUUAAAAUUGUGUUUGACUUUUAAAUCUGAUUUUUUUUUAAAAAAUUAAGUAUUUCUUCUGUUUUUCACCAAAACUUGCUUUGACAUAUUUGAUUAUAUUUAAAUAUCAAGGUUUGGCACUUACUAAAUAUCAUAAUGCCACUGCAUUAAUUAUUUUCUAUAUAGAAUUUACCAUGGUUGCAUAAUGGCAAUUUUUCAACUGAAUCUGCAAAUGUGAUUUUUAUAUAAAUAGCUUAGGAGGCUUUUUUUUUUAUACCUCAUUUAAAACUCAAGGUAAUAGAUUAUUCUAUUGGGUUUCCUAAUUUCUAGAGAGAUAUAAUAAUUAGUAAUGCAGAUUGGAUUUUUUUUACUAAUAUAUUAGCAGUGGCCACUUGGAAUUGAUUCCCCUAUGAAAGUGUAAUAGAAAUCAGCAAAAAAAUAUUUAAAAAAUCAGCAAUAUUUUAAAAAGAAUCAAACUAUCCUGACUACACCUACAACAACUGUUUUUAUUAUACAGUGUCAAAACUAAGAUGAACCACAUUUUUAAAAUCAAGCAUAAUGUCUAUUACAUGUGUUCAGUCAUGGCUUCUAUGUCAUAUUUGCUUUCCAUAACCUAAGAAUCAUUUUUGAAAGAUAAAUUCAUAAAUUAACAAAUUUAAUGCCUCAGGGUUGCAUGAAAAACAAACAAACUAUCAUUUAACAUACAAGGAAAGAACUGUGGUUGUAAGUUUUUCUAGAGACAUAAACAUUCAAAAGGAGGAGCACAUAUUGCUGGCUAUGCAAGAUAAUUUCUAAAAAUGUUAAUGUAUAUAUUAAAAAUGCAGGUAUGUAUUCCCAAAGUACUUGUAACACAUUUGUGUAAAUGAAAAUAGACUUGUUUUAAAUGUAACGGACCAAAUUAUUUUAUGCUAAAAAAUGAAAUGGCUUCACAUUUAAAAAAAAAGAGAUUGAUUUCAUUCUAUCUUAUAUCCAAGAUUCCAUUGCAGUACUUCUUCCCACAUCACUCCCAAAUUUUCUUUUUUAUAAACAGCUGUCUGGGAAGUUACAAUUUGCAAAUAGCAAAAUAAGGCAUUAAUCCUGUAUUUUCAUAUGAUGAAAAGCAAAUACAGGUAAUCCUUGGGUUAUGACCAUUCAUUCAGCAACCAUUCAAAGUUACAAUGGCACUGAACAAAUGGUACUUAAGAUGGGUCCUUAUACUUCUAUCCAUUGCAACAUAUCUGAUCACAUGAUCAUGAUUUCUGAUGUUCCCUGCCAGUUUCCCACAAGUAAAGUCAAUUGGGAAACUGGUCAAAAAUUGCAGCCAAUGCAAUUUAGCAAUGCCAGCUGGGACUGCUGUUGCUAAGUGACAAUCGAUGUUGUGCUUUAUAACUUGUUUAAUGACGGGAAUUCAGGUCCCAAUUGCCAUUAUAAGCUGAGCACUACAGCUUGGGGGGGAAAUGUCAGAUGGCAGAGGAGGAAAAUGCUUAAAUGUUUCUGUCUACUGCAAACUUUAACUGAAAGUCAAAACUGCAAACUUUUGUACAGCCUGAAAAGAAUACCAUAUCCUUUUAAUCACUGAUUUCUUUAACUACAUUGGUUAAAUUUUUAGCCAAUUUCUUGAAAGCUCAAGGCAUUUACAGAAUGUUCAAUGAGCUAUUUUUGUACUAUAUAGUAAUGGUAAAUUUACUCUCCUAAAAAGUCAAAUUCAUUCAUGGAAUAGUCCAUGCUAAUGAUUACCUACAUUAGACUUUCAACCAUAAGUGUAUACAAACAGAAAGUAUUUACACAGGGAUUAGUUAUUUUUUU